CCGAUCUCUUGUUAUUGUAAUAAAUGCAAACCCCAUAUCAGCAGAUUUACUACUUAACCAUUCUCAAAAACACCAUAAGACAAUUUUGCUCUGUUGUCUUCCGUUUCUGCCUACCAAGCCAAUGGGAAUUUGUUUCUCUAGACUCGGUUUCUCCAAGUUUCGUUCUCAUGAUAUCCAUAUUUCCUCUACCUCGGAAGAGGACGGCUACCAACCAAAACCACCUAAAAGACGAGCCCAAGAACAUUAUAAUCCACCACCAUCACAAGCAGCCACAAAACCAGCUCCUCCUUCAGAAACAUUUGGCAAAUCUCAAACUGCUCUUACUCCAUCUUCAACAUCAAAUAUUGGCCCUAUUCUUGGUAAGCCAUUCGUUGACAUAACCAAGAUUUACGAUCUUCAUAGAGAAUUGGGUAGAGGCCAGUUCGGUAUAACUUAUCUUUGUACAGAGAAGGCAACACAAAGAAAGUAUGCGUGCAAGUCUAUUUCAAGGGGGAAACUUGUGACUAAAAAAGAUAUUGAGGAUGUUAAAAAAGAGAUUUUGAUAAUGCAGCACUUAUCAGGCCAACCGAAUAUUGUUGAAUUCAGGGGUGCUUAUGAAGAUACACAAAAUCUGUACGUGGUCAUGGAACUAUGCUCUGGUGGGGAGCUUUUUGAUCGGAUUAUCGCUAGAGGGAGUUAUUCAGAAAUGGAAGCUGCUGUAAUUAUUAGGCAAAUUGUGAAUGUGGUUCAUGUGUGUCAUUUUAUGGGGGUCAUGCAUAGAGAUUUGAAGCCCGAGAAUUUCUUGCUUGCAAAUAAAGAAGAUAAAGCUCCGAUUAAAGCUACUGAUUUUGGACUCUCUGUCUUUAUUGAAGAGGGAAAAGUAUAUGGCGACAUUGUUGGAAGUGCAUACUAUAUUGCUCCAGAGGUGUUGAAACGGAGUUAUGGAAAAGAGAUUGAUGUAUGGAGUGCUGGGAUUAUUUUGUACAUUCUUCUGAGUGGAGUACCUCCUUUCUGGGCUGAGACCGAGAAGGGCAUAUUUGAAGCAGUACUGGAAGGCAAUCUUGACUUGGAGAGCUCGCCAUGGCCUCACAUUUCAUCCUCUGCAAAGGACCUUAUUAGGAAAAUGUUAACGAGGGACCCUAAGAGAAGGAUUACCGCUGCCCAGGCACUUGAACAUCCAUGGAUGAAGGUGGAUGGUGACGCAUCUGGCAAACCUAUAGAUAGUGCUGUCUUGAUUCGGAUGAAGCAAUUCAGAGCAAUGAACAAGUUAAAGAAGCUUGCACUAAAGGUAAUAGCGGAGAACCUUUCAGAGGAAGAAAUCAAGGGUUUAAAGCAGAUGUUCCACAACAUGGACACUGAUGAAAGUGGUACUAUCACAUACGAAGAACUCAAAUCUGGACUGUCGAGGCUAGGAUCUAAGCUUAAUGAAGUAGAAAUGAAGCAGUUGAUGGAUGCUGCUGAUGUUGAUAAGAGUGGGACUAUCGAAUAUCUCGAAUUUAUUACAGCUACAAUGCAUCGGUAUAAACUUGAGAUGGAAGAGAACUUGUACAAGGCCUUCCAAUAUUUUGACAAGGAUGGUAGUGGGUUCAUCACAAGAGAUGAACUAAGGCAAGCUAUGGCUCAACAUGGGAUGGGUGAUGAUGCUACAAUAAAUGAAGUCAUAGAAGAUGUUGAUACUGAUAAAGAUGGAAAGAUCAACUAUGAGGAGUUUACGAGCAUGAUGAGAAAAGGAACCCAAGAUUAUGAAAUAAAUUUAACAUAGAAAUAUCAUUGUAUAUAAAGUGCUUAAAAAUAAGCCCUUGUGAUAUUUGCAAAUCCCUUGCCUGAA